UACCUCCUCCACACUCGGACAGGUUAUAAAAAGGUCCGAGAAUUCAAGCUUCGCGGAGUCUAGUGCAAGUUGGUCCAUCGAAUUCAUCAGUUUCGUUCCAAUAUGAAGACCAUUAUUUUCUUUGCUUUCGCUGUGUUGUUCGUGGCGGUGUCGUGCCGUCCCGACAAGCUGGACCUGAAGCAGGUGAAGGCUGAUGCUGAGCGCAAGAAGGCCUGCAUGCAUGACUGCACCAAAGCUAAUCUUGACCCUAUCUGCGCUGGAAAGACAGGAGAGAAACCCAAGUCAUUCGGAAACGAGUGUGUCAUGAACAACUACAAUUGCGAACACAAAGAUACGUUGCGCAAGAUCAGCCAAGGCCAGUGUCCUGGAUCAGAUGGCAUCCGUCUCUCUUGAACACUGAAGAAACAAUAAUUAAUCACGUUGUUUAUAGUAGGUACUAACAGCAUUGCUUUCGAUAAAUUAUACUCGUAAUAUUGGCAUAUUAAACUUGCUUUCUAUUGGAAAA